GAGAAGCGCGUUUUGCACGAGACAAGGAGCGACUGGCGACGGUCGCUCGGUUGUUCCGUCCGAAGAAAUGGAGAGACACGGAGGAAGAGCCGCGGGAGAGAGGGGAGGGGUGAGGGUGUAACAGCCUGAGUAAAAACUUUCUCAAAUGUUUUUACCGCAGUCCCGCCGAACACUCGCAAACACUCCAGCUUCUCUCGGCUGAUAUCACAACACGGUGACUCAAGCACAGUGGACAAGGAAAAAAAGGGAAGAAGGAGAAAAGCAGAGACGAACAAAACAAAACAAAACAAAACAAAAGGAGUGCCUUAGAAGUGAAAGGGAGCAGCAUCAAACAACGUACAGCACUUUGUGAACAGUGAAGAAGAGAUGAGGCCAAUAAAGAAGCACAGAGGACGUUCCCCACCAUUAACUAGAGGCAGAGGGGGAAGAAGGAGAGGAGGCUCUCAGCCCCUCCAAGAGAAAGACCCCAAAAGAGUUAAGAGGGACACACUCGUCAAAACCACACAGCACACAUCCAACACUCCCUCCGCACGCAAACAGAGUCAGCCAACAACCACCAACUCAAACGAAGAACCACUCACUAACAGCAAUAGCACCACAAGGGAGGAGUCAACGGAGCUGAGGAAACCUGGGGAGUCAGUUGAGGAGAAUGGAAAGGAAGCAGAAGAAAAGCCAGAAAAAGAGAAGAUCGUAGGCGUGAAGAGUCUUAUGUCCACUGACGCUGUAGCAUUUCCUACCUCUACCCCAGCUCCACUGUCCAAAGCCACGCCUCCUCUGGCCACCAAUCACAGCCCCAGUUUAGGCUCAGUCUCUAGUAGGAAAACAGCCACAUUUAAGGCCCGCGUCCCGAAGAAGAAAUACACAUAUGAGCACUUUGCUAACAAUGCAAGUGUCCUAACUACCAUUCCUACCUCCAGCCCUGCACUCAUACACAACAGUUUCUUUAAUAUUAGCAGCAACAUUAGUGAUACUGCGAUUAUGCCCAGUAACAAUUUUAAGAAUAGUAACAAUAUUAAUAAUAAUAAUAACAAUAAUAGCAUUAAUAGAAACAUUAAUGUCAGGACUAACAGUAACACUACAAGUGGUAUUAACGUGACAAAAUGUAGUAUUAGUAGUGCAGGGAGCCAUAGUACUUUUAUUAAUAGCAGUAAUAGUGGAAGUAAUAAUUGCUCAGGUAAUCAGCCAUCAGUGCUAACUGUGGAUAUCAAAACUACAGAAGAAAAUCAUUUUGUGUCCAAGGAAGAUAGGGCCAUCAGGUCAGUGGACUCCCAGGAAAAAGAAGCCCAAGCUGGUGAAAAUGAGUCUGAGGGGCCGCCCAACUCAGUGCGCUCCUCGUCCACUGAUACAGCCAGUGAGCACUCAGCUGACCUGGAUGUGAUGGAAGCAACAGGACCCAGUCUUCAUCAGAGAAACUCCCACAUCUCAUCUCCUCAUCAUAACUCACACCCUAAAGAGGCCAGUCUUUCAGGGGGGCUAGCUGAAGCUCUGGCCAAAGGUAUGAAGAACCAGAGAGUCCUGGCCCGCCAGAUAAAGAGGCCAGUGGAGAGUGGGGUUGAAACUGCGUUAAACAGAGGGGAUAAAGAAAGAGACUCAGGCCCCCUUUCCCCUGUGUUUAGACCCGGGGUGGUGCGUCAGGUGAGUGGUAGCACUGUAGAGGUCCAGCUCCAAGGAGAGGAGACUGUUGUUAAAUACCCUUUCCAUGGUGGAACCUUGAUGACAUUAUCAUCAUCAGGGGCGGAUAACACUGUGGAGUUAAUUUUGGAUGCCCCUCCACCUGGUAUGGCACCUGUGGCUGUUGGUACCCAAGUGUGUGUGCCCCUUAGUGGAGAGGAGGGGGGUCCUCUGCUGUACAGGCAGGGGAUUGUCACUCAGGUGGACCCUCAUCCUGGUGUCUCGUUUCCUUACCAGGUGCUCCUGAGCGAGGACAGAGAUACUGGAGGUGGUGGAGGGAUGACAGAGGAGAAAGAGAAAAAGAAAGUGGUGUGGGUGUCCCGACAAAGCCUGAGACUCCUCACCCCUCCUUGGGAUGUCCCACAUUUGGAUGGUGGUAGGGCAAAGGAGAGAGACCGGGAGAGAGAAAGGGAAGAGAGGGAGCGGAGGGAGGAGAUGGAGGUGGAGAGGGAAGUGUGCCAGUUGAGUAUUGGGAUGGGGGUGCUGGGAGGAGUAGCAAGAUUAAGCCAUGGUUUUGCACAUGAAGGGGUUACAGGAGGGUGUUCCUAUGGAAACAUACAUCCAUCCCCCCACUCUUCCACUGUGACUUCCAAUGCAGUGGCCAUCACAGUCCAUGGCUGUGGAGGCACCUACACUGACAGAGACAGACAGAAACAGCCAAACACUCCAGAAGAAGACGUUGAGGUAUCCCGUUUUAACAUGGGCCUUGCAGCUGGCCCCAAGCCAAAUCCUGACACCUCUCAGCAGAGAAACAUCAUCUCUAAGUCCAGUGGUUACCCUCCCUCCACCCCCCACCUCACUGUAGUACAGAGUCUGGGACCUCCACACCUCUCCACUUUAGCAAGCCCUCAGCAACUUCCCCCUCCUGCCGUACUAGGGCCUGAAAUGAACAACACCACUCCAAACCUACCUCCAUCCAAGACCACUCCCACCCAGACCCCAACAUCCACUUCUGGUGGGGGUUCUUCUUCUACCUCCUCUCGUUCCAGGACCCCGCUGUCAUUGGCUCAGCAAAAGUACAAGAAGGGUGAUGUGGUGUGCACCCCUAAUGGUAUCCGCAAGAAGUUCAAUGGUAAGCAAUGGAGAAGGCUUUGCUCCAGAGAAGGCUGUAUGAAGGAGUCCCAGCGCCGGGGAUACUGCUCUAGACACUUAUCCAUGAGGACCAAAGAGAUGGAGGCAGCAGGGGUGGAGAGGGGGGGAGGAGGCAGCAGCUCAGGGACAGUCACCCCCUCUGACCUGCGAGGUAGAGCAAGUAGUGAGUUUGAGUGGGAUGACACAUCAAGAGAGAGCAGUGAGACCGGUAGCAGAGGAGACUCCAGACCCCGCCUGGUCCUCCCCUCCCUCCUCCCUCGUGACUUAUCGUCACGCUUUGACUUUGAUGAGUGUGAGGCCGCAACCAUGCUUGUGUCAUUAGGAAGCUCCCGCUCUGGCACCCCCUCUUUUUCUCCCAUCUCCAACCAGUCACCUUUCUCCCCUGCCCCCUCUCCCUCACCCUCCCCACUAUUUGGCUUCAGGCCGGCCAACUUCUCCCCAGUUCUGCAACACCGGAGGCAUAGGCAGCCCAGUGGUACGGGUGGAGGAGGGGGAGGAGAUAGUAAAGCAACAACCUCUGCUGGAGGAGCAGACAGAGAGAGACACACUUCAGGCAUCCAGCCUUCCUUUCACAGCAAUCUGACAUUUACAGUACCCAUGAGCCCCAGCAAACGAAAGCCAGACGCUCCUCCCCCUCCACCAGUUCCCUCAAACCACCACGAUUACACACACAAGACAGAGUUGGACCAGGGGGACCUCAACUCUUUCAGGGUGCUGUCCCCCCAGACACAAGCCUCACAUUCCCACUCACACACACCCACAUUCUCCCGACCCAGAGGAGUAACCACCCCAUCCGUGAGUAGGCCCCCGUCCUCCACUGCUGUCUCCCCUCCUCCUAUGCUGGUGUCUCCAACUCCUCCUUCUCCUCUCACACCUGAUGGUGGGACUCGUCGCGUGGUUCCUGUAUCUCAGCAGGCCUUGCGGGACUCCCCUGUCAUUGUAAGGAAUCCUGAAGUCCCACUGGCAAAAUUUACUGAAUGUCCGUUAGGGAGAGGAGGAGGAGCUGUUGAGGGAGGGAUCGAUAACAUGUCAUCUAAAGAUAUCAGUUUAACACCCCUCACCCCGCAGCCCAUUUCUGGACUCCAGGUUCCCGUCCCCAUUAAUGCUGCUACAGCCACAGUAUCCAAUGGCACCGUUCUUUUGCGAAGCCCAGGCCAAACUCUGGUGCUUGUUUCCCCAACACCUUCAUCCCUGUCCACCAGUGACACUCCUGCCACUGCCCUGCAGGUCCCUCUGCAGGCCCUGUCUGUUACUGUCAGCACAACAGCCACAGCUCCAGCUCAGAGUAGCACAGACGGCUCUGGGGAACAAGAGCUGUCUGGGGGGACAGGGUUUGGGGGUGAGCUCCAGCAGCCAGUUCCCUGUCACCCGUCUCCCACUGCACUGCUGCCCUUGAUCCUGCCAGCCGAAAGUCUUCACCCCAUCCCACGAAAGGACAUCAUCAUGGGACGUCCUGGCACAGUGUGGACCAAUGUUGAGCCCCGGUCAGUUCCCGUCUUCCCCUGGCAUUCAUUAGUCCCGUUCCUGGCACCAACCCAAUCGGAUGCUUCUUCUCAGCCAGGAGAGGGCCAGCAUCCAGUCAACCACCCCCAAGCAGCCAGUCUCAAGACAGAGUGUCAGGGGGUGGCAGCGCUGUCACUGGAAGCUGCAGAAGCACCUCCCACUGUUGAAAGAGGUCCUCCAUCCCGGCCUCCCCCCUCCUCUGAUGAGCCGCCUCCGGAGAAGGAGAAAGGAGAUGCAGAGAGGGAGAGGCCGGACAGCGAGACCGAGAGUGAUGUGGAUGAUCCCUUCCUUCCAGGAGUUUUACCAGAGCAGCCCCUCACGAUAUCACCAGUUAAGAGGCGCACUCAGUCCCUCAGUGCACUACCCAAAGAUGGUGAUAAGAACAGUCCUGGAAAGAGGGAAAAGGACCACAUCCGAAGACCAAUGAACGCGUUUAUGAUUUUUAGUAAACGCCAUCGAGCACUGGUGCACCAGCGGCACCCAAACCAGGACAACAGGACAGUCAGCAAGAUUCUUGGGGAGUGGUGGUAUGCUUUGGGACCAAAGGAGAAACAGAAGUACCAUGAUUUGGCCUUCCAGGUAAAAGAGGCUCACUUCAAAGCACAUCCAGACUGGAAGUGGUGCAACAAAGACAGGAAGAAGUCCAGUUCUGAAGGUCGGGGAGUCCCAGGGGGCAAAGACAUCAGAGAGAGGAGCAUGUCUGAAUCCACAGAGCCCCACUCUGUGGAGCUAAAGGGGGUUGGUCCAGGUCUGGUUUCUGAGAGGAGUACAGGAGAGGGUCUUGUGAGUCAGCUGACCCGCCCCCGAGCAUUUUCUCAAAGUGCCAUGCACAGCCUGGAGCGGAGUGACAGGGGAAAUACACAGGCUCUGGCAGAACUGGCUCAGAUGUGUGGGGAUGGUGGCAGCCAGUUUUCAAGUCCCGCCCAACCUCUGUCACAGUCUCAGCGGGGGGUCAGUGAGGACAUGACCAGUGAUGAGGAGCGCAUGGUCAUCUGUGAAGAGGAGGGAGAUGAUGAUGUCAUUGAGGACCCCUAUCCUAGCAAUGCCAUAGACCUCAAGUGUAAGGAGCGGGUGACUGACAGCGACAGCGAAAAUGGCUCUGGAGACGAAAACGAUCGAAAGAGAAUUUUUGCCCCAGUCAUCUGCUCUACUGCAUCAUCAUCUUCCUCACAUCAUACUCCUCACGGCAGGAGUGUCUCACUGUCCUCUUACCCCACCAGUAGGCGUUAUGAUGAGGGUAGAUCUGGAGGAGGUGGGUUUUCAGAUCACAGGAGGAGGGAAAGAGGAGACGGAGAGGGUAAGGAUACGUUUGGGGGAGACGGAGGUGGAGGAGGAGGGAUACAAGCCUCUUCUUUCUCCCUCUCUUCUGGCCAAUCAGUCAUUUCAACUACUCCAGCUGGAGGACCUCCACCCUCCUCCCUCAGUUCACUGAUUGGCAACCCACUGCUGGGUGUUGGCAGCGUGAGGGUGGCGUCUACAGUUGUGACCAAUGUAAUGCGUCCUGUUAUCAGCACGCCACUCCCCAUUGCCAGCAAACCCAGAGAUGGAGGCACUUCAUCCAGCCCUCAUCCGCCCGAGAGGAAGUCCCUAACUCCGCAUCAGCAGCCGCAAUUUCUGUUUGGUCCAGCACCAGGAGUCGGGGCUGCAGUACCAGGGGGUGGGUGCUACUCUUCAUCACCUCAUCAUGUAGGUGGGGGUGUAGGCCCAGGUGGUGUAGUGACUAAUUUGGUGUUAGGAGGGGCUCUUUCUGCGCAACCUGCUGUACAGCUACUCACCCCCUCACCCCACUCUCAGCACUCACAGCAGUUCUCCACGGCUGCUCCACAUAGCCAAACCAACGGACCCCUGCCUCUGCCCCUCCUUCAACCCCAGUUCCUUCCCGCGUCCUCCCUGGCACCCCCUGGGGGUAAGGCCAUCACACAAGUUCAGUACAUCCUGCCCACCCUACCUGCCAACAGCAACCCUAAGAGUCCACCUCAGCAGCUCAGCCAGCCAACCAGUAUCUUCAACCUGCCCACGGCUCCACCCACACACAUGUCCUUGGCCAAUGGAAAGCAGCAGUUUUCAAGUUCACUGACAGGAUAUACGUCCAGCCCAGCAGUGGGAGUGGUCAGCCCGGGAACUAGAGUGCAAACACAAUCGCCGGUGCUCCAGGGAAAAAUGCUUGUUCCCAUGGCAACAGUACGGACUGCACCAGCCCCUGCCCAGCAGUUUCCCAUUGUGGCUCCACCUCUUCCUGUACAGAAUGGAGCUCAGACUGGGAGCAAGAUCAUUCAGAUAGCGCCCAUGCCUGUGGUCCAGUCCCAGCUCCCCCAGGGUGGAGCAGUGCAUCCUGCCAACCCCUUCCCUGUGACAGUGGGCACAGCUGCUGUGGUGGCUCCAGGAUCAGCCCCUUCCCAGACUGUACUACUGCCACCACCCCCUACCAGGAUCACGUAUGUCCAGUCCACUCCAGGGGUCCCAUCCACUCUGCCUCUGGUCUCCACGACAACAGGCUCCUCUCCCUCCCAGCAAGCUUUGCCUGUGCCUGGAUCUGCAUAUGUUCCCUCGCCCCUAGCAACAGUUGGGUUUACAGCUAUUGCACCACCUGGACAGACACUGGUGCAGCCACUGAUUGCAGGUCAGCCGCCGCUCCUGGCCACCGCUCAGUCUCCACAGCCCCCCACGUCGGCCCCCGUCUCGGGUUCUGGGGGCCAGAUAGUCACUGCCAUCUACCCCCCUUCACCUAGCGUCACCAUGGCAACGGGGGUGGUCUCCAUGACAGCAGUGCCCCCCAGCGUGGUCUAUUCCGUCUCUAACCCCUCCAGCUUGUCCCCUCACAUCCUGCCCAAGCACACGGCGACGUCCGCCACAAUUACACACACACAUCCAGACAGACAGGCGGACAGACACCUCCCUCUGGACAGAGCUGCAGAGCGACAGGCUGACAGGCAGACGGAGCUGCUGACACAUGCGGACAGACAGCUUGAGAGGCAGAUGCAAACCUCUGGCAGUAGCAGCUCAGUGGCACCUCCCAGUGGCUCAGCUGUGUCCAUAAGGCCCUGCAGUCCUUCAAUUCAAAUCCAAACGCCUGGUACAGGCAGCUCACCCAAACUUACCCAGCUUCCAGUGAGGACUCCGCAGAAAGUGAAGGCGACAGUGGCAAACAUUCCUGUAGGCAGCUAUGAAGGAGGGGGGAGGGGGAAAGAGAGAGAGAGGGAGAAGGACAGGGAGAGAGAGCGUGAGAGGGAGAGGGAGAGGGAGAGGGAGCAGGAAACUGCAGCCAACAGUCACUUCUCCUUUGAUCCUGAGCCGGCGGGGCAGACCGGGUCUCCGUCGACACACGCCGCUGAUGAGCCACCGUCCUCUGACAGAGCCAUGGAGGCCUCCAGUGCUGUGGACCCCACCGACACACGGAUCAGGGAAAGCACAACCGCCAAAGAUACUGGAUGGAAGGAGUCUCUCCCCUCCUCUCCUCACCCUCCCCCGUCAGCCACAGAACCCGUGCUGCCACCUCCACAGACUGACAAAGAAGCUCCGACUCCCAAAAAGGUCAAAGCCCGUCCACCACCUCUGAAGAAGACCUUUGACUCUGUGGACAAGUCUGGCAGGGUGCUGUCAGAGGUGUAUUUCGAGGAGCGCUUUGCUGAGCUGCCAGAGUUUCGGCCCGAGGAGGUCUUGCCUUCACCAACCCUGCAGAGUCUGGCCACUUCACCUCGCGCCAUUUUGGGCAGCUACCGCCGCAAGAGGAAGAACUCCACAGAUUUGGACUCGGCCACCGACGAUCAAGUCUCUCCUAAAAGAAAGAGCCGGCGGCGCUCGAGCUGCAGCUCGGAGCCCAACACACCCAAAAGUGCUGCCAAGUGUGAGGGAGACAUUUUCACCUUCGACAGAGCAGAUUCCAGAGGUCUCAACCACUCCACCUAUUUAUCUCCACACCCAGCCACGGACGGAGAAGACAUCCUGGCAGAGCUGGAGUUUGAUAAGGUGCCGUACUCGUCCCUGCGACGCACGCUGGACCAGAGGAGAGCACUGGUCAUGCAGCUGUUCCAGGAGCAGGGCUUCUUUCCCUCGGCUCAGGCCACCGCAGCCUUCCAGACACGAUACUCGGACAUUUUUCCCACUAAGGUGUGUCUUCAGCUGAAGAUCAGGGAGGUCCGGCAGAAGAUCAUGCAGACAGCUACUCCUUCUGAUGCCUCUGGUUUAGGCAACUCUGACUCGGCGGGCUCCCUCCCGGGACCGUCUGGUUCCCAGUCAGGGGACGGAUCGGGCAGAGGAGGUGGAGACCUGCAGGAUGAGGACGUGGAGCAGGGGACAGAAGUGAGCCCAGAGGAUCCUCGUGACUCUCAGGACUCUUGUAGAUGAGGGACGUUGAUAGAUUUAGAGUGACCAAUUGGUGACUGUUGCCGUCGCACAUUUCCACCCCCUCCACGCUUCAAACGCUUCUUUUGAAAUCCACUUUCUUUGCUCUCCACUGGUCACACGCUCAUUUCUUUGUGUCCUUGGCAGCCAGACGUUGAUUGAGAGACAUUUGUAUGCAAUGUUGGGACUUGGAACAUUUCUUUUUAAAGUGCAACUCUCAUACCAAAAAAACAAGGACGUGAAAAACAGUGGCACAAAAAAGCACGACAUACCACAACACAUGUGCACAUCCCUAAAAACUCUUAAAUCCCACACUUGAAUUAGCACCCUGUAUUAACAUACUAGGAGGAGGCUCCCAUUAAUGCCAGCGAAGGAAGGACCAUUGUGUACAGCUGCACUCAUCCUCCUCAAAGAAAAAAGGGUUUUUGUUUUGGACGGAAAUCUGCUCGACCGAUUCUGAGAGAGAGAGAGAAAAGUCUGUUUUAAAAUGUUUUAAGAUUUGUUUUUAAUGGGUUUAGAGGAGCAUCUGCUCGGCCUGUAUAUGUAGACUUAACAAAGAUUGUGUCUUGUUUCUGCUGACACUGGGAGGGCUGGGCCCUCAACAGCAGGACGCCAUUUAAUUUGACAAGAGCACUCGUUGCUGUGGACCUGUGAAGAUCUUUAUUCUCCAUUUUACUGCUUACUUGUGGACCUUCAGGGGAGGUUGACCAGCCCAGGGGUGACUGCAAACACAGACUGAAAUGUUACUGAACUUUGGCAUUGCCAUCAUUCCUGCAGUUACCUGUCUGGCCAAGCCCAGCCCCUUCUCACAACUGACCCCAGCACAUGCCAGUAGGUAGAAAACAAAACAUUCCUGUGCCUCUCAUUCGCUUACCAUUUAAAAAGAAAGGAGGUGGGUCAGAGUCAACGAGCACAUCCUGGCUCUUACUUGUAGGUCAGGCUGUUACAGCCUUAAAUCCUCUAUUGCCAAGCAGUUUUAUUAACUUUUUUUAAAAAGAAAAGAUCAUUUGAUUUGUAUUUAACAUGGUCAUAUUCAGUUUGUUGUUGUAUUAUUCUUAUGGUUAUUGUUAUCACUCUUCUUAUCAUUGCAGUGAAUCCUGGUUUUUAUUUUUAAUCUCACUCCUGGCAGGUGUUUUCUUCAGUUCUGCCAGUUGUUGAUUUCCUGUAUUAGUUUUCUUGAAAUAAUUGUGCAGGCAGGUGAAAGAUGCUUCUACACACCUGCUCAGUUCCUCCAUUGUAGUCUUCCCUUGACUGUCCUCUCACAUUAGCAAGGACCUGUGGUGCAUUUCUUUUUACGGUUCAUUUCAAAGAGGAAGACAUGAACCUUUAUAUUCUUUCAGCAGUAAUAAGUCGUACAUUUUUAGAAACAUUGUAUGCCUCUCUGUCCCUCGCUAUAUUUGACUCUAUAGCCUCAACACUUGUACAUCUCCUUCCUCCACCUCUUCCCUCCCCUCCUUCCUCCCUUUGUCACUUUAUUGCUCUCUCCAGACCUCCUUUUUGGGACAGGAGGAGAGAAAACUGCAAGGAGGGUAACUAAUCAAGAGAGCUGGUAGGAUAAAAAAAAAUUAAAAAUACUGGUUGUGUCUUUGUGCAAGACUUGGUUGUGCUGUAAAUAAUUACUGUAGAGUCUGUAGACUCAUUAUAUUAUUGAUACGGAACAUAAGUUGACUUUUAAGAUGCCCAUUACCGAAGGUAAAAACACAUGAAAUAAAAAAAAAAACAAUAAAUAUGACAAUUCAUC